AUGGGUGCCAAAAUGAUUUUGAUUUUCGCUUUUGUGCUGCUUGUUGUUAUUGAAGACAGUCAUCAAUUACCACGGCCUAAUAAAGGUGGCAACGGCGACAAUGGAGGAAAUGGGGGCAAUGGUAAAGGACAAGGAGGUGGUAAUGGAAAUGGAGGUGGUAAAGGACAAGGAGGUGGUAAUGAAAAUGGAGGUGGUAACGGACGAGACGAUAAUGGACAAGGUGAUGAUAAUGGAAAUGGAAGUGGUAAAGGAAAUGAAGGUGGGAAUGAAAAUGGAGGCGAUAAUACCGAUGGUGAUGAUUGCGAUGACGUUUCCACGGAAGGCAGUACCGAAAAAACCGUCACCGACGGGGAUCAAGAUGAGGAAGAUGACUGUUCAAAUGAGAACGAUGAGAAUGGAGAAGAUGAUGACAAUGAGGAAAAUAAACCAAAUCAAGAUAACGAUGACGACCGAGAUGAAGACUGUUAUGAGGACGAAAGGCCACAUUCUAUUCCUGAAGUAAUUGAUAACGAGAAAGGUAGUCCAGAUAAAGGUACCAAAAAAGAGGGUCCUGAUAAUGGUACGGAAAAGGGUGGUCAAGAUAAAGGUACCGAAAAGAAUGGUCCAGAUAACGCUAUAGAUACAAAGGGUUCCGAUCAUGGUAAAGACAAAGAUGGUCCUGAUAAUGGAACCAACAAAGGUGGUCAAGAUAAUGGAAAUAAAAAAGAUGAUGCUGAAGAUGGUGGUAUAGACAAUGGAAAUGAUUGUGAUGAUAGUAGUACAGAACAUACAACUGAAACCAAUGAUGAAGAUGAAUGUGAUAACGAUGCAGAUAACGGAAACGGAGGUGGAAACAAUGGUCACGGAAAUGGCGGUGGAGAUCAUGACAACGGAGGUGAUGAUAAUGGUAACCACAACGGAGGUGGAGGUAAAGGCAACGGAGGUGAUGAUAAUGGCAACGGAGAUGAUAAUGAUUGCGACGGCGAUGAUAAUGGUAACGAAAACGGAGGUGGAAACAAUGGUCACGGAAAUGGCGGUGGAGGAAAGGGCAACGGAGGUGACGAUAAUGGCAACGGAGAUGAUAAUGGUAACCACAACGGAGGUGGAGGUAAAGGCAACGGAGGUGAUGAUAAUGGCAACGGAGAUGACAAUGAUUGUGACGACGAUGAUAAUGGUAACGAAAACGGCGGUGGAAACAAUGGUCACGGAAAUGGCGGAGGAGGAAAGGGCAACGGAGGUGACGAUAAUGGCAACGGAGAUGAUAAUGGUAACCACAACGGAGGUGGAGGUAAAGGCAACGGAGGUGAUGAUAAUGGCAACGGAGAUGACAAUGAUUGUGACGACGAUGAUAAUGGUAACGAAAACGGAGGUGGAAACAAUGGUCACGGAAAUGGCGGUGGAGGAAAGGGCAACGAAGGUGACGAUAAUGGCAACGGAGAUGAUAAUGGUAACCACAACGGAGGUGGAGAUAAAGGCAACGGAGGUGAUGAUAAUGGCAACGGAGAUGACAAUGAUUGUGACGACGAUGAUAAUGGUAACGAAAACGGCGGUGGAAACAAUGGUCACGGAAAUGGCGGAGGAGGAAAGGGCAACGGAGGUGACGAUAAUGGCAACGGAGAUGAUAAUGGUAACCACAACGGAGGUGGAGGUAAAGGCAACGGAGGUGAUGAUAAUGGCAACGGAGAUGACAAUGAUUGUGACGACGAUGAUAAUGGUAACGAAAACGGAGGUGGAAACAAUGGUCACGGAAAUGGCGGUGGAGGAAAGGGCAACGGAGGUGACGAUAAUGGCAACGGAGAUGAUAAUGGUAACCACAACGGAGGUGGAGAUAAAGGCAACGGAGGUGAUGAUAAUGGCAAUGGAGAUGACAAUGAUUGUGACGGCGAUGAUAAUGGUAACGAAAACGGAGGUGGAAACAAUGGUCAUGGAAAUGGCGGUGGAGGAAAGGGCAACGGAGGUGACGAUAAUGGCAACGGAGAUGAUAAUGGUAACCACAACGGAGGUGGAGGUAAAGGCAACGGAGGUGAUGAUAAUGGCAACGGAGAUGACAAUGAUUGUGACGACGAUGAUAAUGGAAAGGGCAACGGAGGUGACGAUAAUGGCAACGGAGAUGAUAAUGGUAACCACAACGGAGGUGGAGAUAAAGGCAACGGAGGUGAUGAUAAUGGCAACGGAGAUGACAAUGAUUGUGACGGCGAUGAUAAUGGUAACGAAAACGGAGGUGGAAACAAUGGUCACGGAAAUGGAGGUGGAGGAAAGGGCAACGGAGGUGACGAUAAUGACAACGGAGAUGAUAAUGGUAACCACAACGGAGGUGGAGGUAAAGGCAACGGAGGUGAUGAUAAUGGCAACGGAGAUGACAAUGAUUGUGACGACGAUGAUAAUGGUAACGAAAACGGAGGUGGAAACAAUGGUCACGGAAAUGGCGGUGGAGGAAAGGGCAACGGAGGUGACGAUAAUGGCAACGGAGAUGAUAAUGGUAACCACAACGGAGGGGGAGGUAAAGGCAACGGAGGUGAUGAUAAUGGCAACGGAGAUGACAAUGAUUGUGACGACGAUGAUAAUGGUAACGAAAACGGAGGUGGAAACAAUGGUCACGGAAAUGGCGGUGGAGGAAAGGGCAACGGAGGUGACGAUAAUGGCAACGGAGAUGAUAAUGGUAACCACAACGGAGGUGGAGGUAAAGGCAACGGAGGUGAUGAUAAUGGCAACGGAGAUGACAAUGAUUGUGACGACGAUGAUAAUGGUAACGAAAACGGAGGUGGAAACAAUGGUCACGGAAAUGGCGGUGGAGGAAAGGGCAACGGAGGUGACGAUAAUGGCAACGGAGAUGAUAAUGGUAACCACAACGGAGGUGGAGAUAAAGGCAACGGAGGUGAUGAUAAUGGCAACGGAGAUGACAAUGAUUGUGACGGCGAUGAUAAUGGUAACGAAAACGGAGGUGGAAACAAUGGUCACGGAAAUGGCGGUGGAGGAAAGGGCAACGGAGGUGACGAUAAUGGCAACGGAGAUGAUAAUGGUAACCACAACGGAGGUGGAGGUAAAGGCAACGGAGGUGAUGAUAAUGGCAACGGAGAUGACAAUGAUUGUGACGGCGAUGAUAAUGGUAACGAAAACGGCGGUGGAAACAAUGGUCACGGAAAUGGCGGAGGAGGAAAGGGAAAUGGAGGUGACGAUAAUGGCAACGGAGAUGAUAAUGGUAACCACAACGGAGGUGGAGGUAAAGGCAAUGGUGGUGAUGAUAAUGGCAACGGAGAUGAUAAUGAUUGCGACGGCGAUGAUAAUGGUAACGAAAACGGAGGUGGAAACAAUGGUCACGGAAAUGGCGGUGGAGGAAAGGGAAACGGAGGUGACGAUAAUGGCAACGGAGAUGAUAAUGGUAACCACAACGGAGGUGGAGGUAAAGGCAACGGAGGUGAUGAUAAUGGCAACGGAGAUGACAAUGAUUGUGACGACGAUGAUAAUGGUAACGAAAACGGCGGUGGAAACAAUGGUCACGGAAAUGGCGGUGGAGGAAAGGGCAACGGAGGUGACGAUAAUGGCAACGGAGAUGAUAAUGGUAACCACAACGGAGGUGGAGGUAAAGGCAAUGGUGGUGAUGAUAAUGGCAACGGAGAUGAUAAUGAUUGCGACGGCGAUGAUAAUGGUAACGAAAACGGAGGUGGAAACAAUGGUCACGGAAAUGGCGGUGGAGGAAAGGGCAACGGAGGUGACGAUAAUGGCAACGGAGAUGAUAAUGGUAACCACAACGGAGGUGGAGGUAAAGGCAACGGAGGUGAUGAUAAUGGCAACGGAGAUGAUGAUAAUGGCAACGGAGAUGAUAAUGAUUGCGACGGCGAUGAUGAUGGUAACGAAAACGGAGGUGGAAACAAUGGUCACGGAAAUGGCGGUGGAGGAAAGGGCAACGGAGGAGAUGAUAAUGGCAACGGAGAUGAUAAUGGUAACCACAACGGAGGUGGAGGUAAAGGCAACGGAGGUGAUGAUAAUGGCAACGGAGAUGAUGAUAAUGGCAACGGAGAUGAUAAUGGUAACGAAAACGGAGGUGGAAACAAUGGUCACGGAAAUGGCGGUGGAGGAAAGGGCAACGGAGGAGAUGAUAAUGGCAACGGAGAUGAUAAUGGUAACCACAACGGAGGUGGAGGUAAAGGCAACGGAGGUGAUGAUAAUGGCAACGGAGAUGAUAAUGAUUGCGACGGCGAUGAUAAUGGUAACGAAAACGGAGGUGGAAACAAUGGUCACGGAAAUGGCGGUGGAGGAAAGGGAAACGGAGGUGACGAUAAUGGCAACGGAGAUGAUAAUGGUAACCACAACGGAGGUGGAGGCAACGGAGGUGAUGAUAAUGGCAACGGAGAUGAUAAUGAUUGUGACGGCGAUGAUGAUGGUAACGAAAACGGAGGUGGAAACAAUGGUCACGGAAAUGGCGGUGGAGGAAAGGGCAACGGAGGUGACGAUAAUGGCAACGGAGAUGAUAAUGGUAACCACAACGGAGGUGGAGGUAAAGGCAAUGGUGGUGAUGAUAAUGGCAACGGAGAUGAUGAUAAUGGCAACGGAGAUGAUAAUGAUUGCGACGGCGAUGAUAAUGGUAACGAAAACGGAGGUGGAAACAAUGGUCACGGCAAUGGCGGUGGAGGAAAGGGCAACGGAGGUGAUGAUAAUGGCAACGGAGAUGAUAAUGGUAACCACAACGGAGGUGGAGGUAAAGGCAAUGGUGGUGAUGAUAAUGGCAACGGAGAUGAUAAUGAUUGCGACGGCGAUGAUAAUGGUAACGAAAACGGAGGUGGAAACAAUGGUCACGGAAAUGGCGGUGGAGGAAAGGGCAACGGAGGUGAUGAUAAUGGCAACGGAGGUGAUGAUAAUGGCAACGGAGAUGAUAAUGGUAACCACAACGGAGGUGGAGGUAAAGGCAAUGGUGGUGAUGAUAAUGGCAACGGAGAUGAUAAUAAUGGCAACGGAGAUGAUAAUGAUUGCGACGGCGAUGAUAAUGGUAACGAAAACGGAGGUGGAAAUAAUGGUCACGGAAAUGGCGGUGGAGGAAAGGGCAACGGAGGUGAUGAUAAUGGCAACGGAGAUGACAAUGAUUGUGACGGCGAUGAUAAUGAUAACGGCAACGGCGGUGGAGGCAACAAUGGUGAUGAUGAUGAUGAUGACAGUACUGAAAAUUCUACCGAAGAUGUUACUGAUGAACCUAUUGAUGACGAUGACGAUGACUGUAUUGAUGGAGAUGGCUGGGCUGAUGAAGGAGACGAAGAUUGGGGAGAUGUUAACUGGAACAAUUAA